UGUACACCCUAGGUAGAUUUGCAACCUCUGGGGAUGGUUCUGUAAUGGAUUCGAUGCUCAAGUCAGUGGGUGUUUCUGCUCAGGUUCCUGAAUACCAGAUUGAUGCAGCAUGUGGCCUAGCUGGAUCAGGUCCUGCUUAUAUAUAUGCUGCAAUAGAGGCUCUUGCUGAUGGAGGAGUUAAAAUGGGUUUACCUCGUCAUUUAGCACAAACUCUAGCUGCACAGACUGUCAAAGGUGCUGCCACAAUGGUAAUGGAAACAGGCAAACAUCCAGGACAGCUGAAGGAUGAGGUGUGUUCCCCAGGAGGCACUACCAUCACUGCUAUGCAUGUACUGGAGCAUAAUGGGUUAAGGAAUGCACUCAUCUCAGCUGUGGAGGCAUCAGCAAAUCGUUCCAAAGAGCUUGGAAAAAAGUAGAUAUAAGCGCACUAAAAAGAAAGAUGAUUUCUUUCAUGAAUUAUUGGUCAUAAACAUCAGAACUAGGAAAAAUUUGAUAUUAAAUUUCUGUAUAACAGUGAAACUUAAAGAAGUUCCUUUCUUAAUCAUUCCACUGUUGUGUCAUAUAAACAUGUCUCUUAUGAUGUAUAAUCACAUGUAGUGGAAUAAUAGUAAAAACAUAACUUGGGUGUACAAAGAACUACCUUAGAUGUCCCUAUAAGGAAUAAUUCAUUUUAAAUAAUAUUGAUAACUGUUUUUAAAGAUAGUGGUCUUGUAACCUGGUGUGCAAAAGAAAGAGAAAUGUAUGGAGAGAUUGGAAAUCAUGGAGUAGGCUCCAUGAUUUGUUAAGGAAAAAUAGGGUUUUCAUAAUUUAGAGAAAGAGAAAUUAUUAACUAUAAAGCAGUAAUGACAUUGGAUUCUUGCAUUCUAAAAAUAAUCACUUACAAAAAGAUAGAGAUGGCUUUGUCUUGUAAAAUUAGUGUACUGAAAGAACAGUUGCUAGGUCACUUGAUCAGGCACUUAGUAUCGUGUUUGGUAACUGAGAUACUGAAAGAAAUCAGACUUAUUAAUACUGGAAACCUUGUCAUCUCAAAACUUUAGUAUGCCUUUGUAGGUAGCUGCCUAAUAAAAAAAAGAAAAUUAAUUAUUACACCAUGUCAAAAUUUAAGUUCCAAACAAUCUGUAAUUCUUAAGUUGUAGUUUCCCUUAAAUAUCAUUAAAGUUCUUUGAUAGA